CUCCAUCUAGUAGGAACUAAAAUGGCGGAUAAGAAUACCUACAUAUCUAGUGCCUUAUGCUACUGUGCCAUGUGUUUGCAUGUCGAUUAGAAAAACAAUGUUUCUAAAAUUAUUGAUGCGGCCUUUAAAUCUAGCAAGACAUUUUAAAUUUCGGAUGUUUUGUCGUCAUUUGUAUCAAAACAGUGGUACAAUAAAUGAAUCAAUACCUGGAAUGUCCAUAUCUCAAAUAAAACAAGUUCUAAAGCAAAAAAAUAUUACCAUUGUCGAAGGACAUGGAUGUUUAGUUAUAGAAUGUCCUAUAUGCAACUCUGAAAAGUUAAAAAAAGCAAAGAUUUAUGUUAAUAAAACAACAGGCUAUUUUAUAUGUGAUAAAUGUAAUUCUAAAGGCGAAUGGAACAUAUUAGAAAAGUUCCUAUUAUUAAGAUCAACUAAAUCAAAUAAUGCACAGGCUGAAUUGGAAACUUUAAGGAAUAUUAUAAAAGCACAGGAAAAUUAUGUUUUGAAAUGGAAUAACAUAGCAAAAUCUAAUCAACAAAUUGCAAAUUUAUCACCAAAUUUGUAUGAGAAAGUGUUAGAAACAUUUUCUCUUCCAAAAGUUUCACAGCAAGAUAUCUCACAGUUAAACACUGUGUAUGCAACUGGACCAGAAUUAUUAUAUUUUCCAUUAAUAGCCUUUGGCAAUAUUGUUGUGGGUUACAAAACUCUUUCCAGUAUAUCAGAAUUAGAACAAACUGUACCCAUCAGCAAUGUAGGUGGAUUUAUCAUUUACAAGCAAAAAAAUGCUAGAAGUGAUGGGACUGCAGUGAUUGUACCAACUAUACAUGAUUUGUUCGCGUUAAUAUCUCAAAAAGCAGCAAAUGUAAUUAUUUGCUUACCAUACAACUUACAAAACUUGCCGCAACAAUUGUUGCCGAGUUUGGAAAAUUUUAAAAAAUUAAUAUUAUGGUUUGGAAAUGAUGAGCCUAGUUGGUAUACAGCUAGACAAUUUGCUAAGAAAUUAGAUGAGAAAAGAUGCUAUUUUGUGAGACCAAUUGACAUGCAACCUAGACCAAAGCUAGCUGCUGACAAAGGCUAUGAUCUUAAGAGUAUUUUGACAAAUGCGCAACCGAUAUGGCACAAAAGUAUUACUACUUUUGAUGAUCUCAGACAAGAUGUAUUAUGUGAUUUGCAAAAUGUAGAUAAGGUCCAGGGUGUCAAGUGGAAAAGAUAUCCUGCCCUAAAUCGAAUUCUAAAAGGACACAGAAGAGGAGAAUUCACAAUUCUAACGGGACCAACUGGCUGCGGCAAGACAACGUUCAUGAGCGAAUAUUCGUUAGAUUUAGCAAUGCAAGGAGUUAAUACUCUGUGGGGUAGUUUUGAAAUCAGAAACGCACGACUAGUUAAAACUAUGUUGCAACAAAUGGCAGAGGUUUCUCUGGAAGAGAAUUUGGAUAAAUUUAAUACAUAUGCAGAUGCUUUCAACAAGUUACCGAUUUAUUUUAUGACUUUCCAUGGUCAACAGAACAUUAAAAUUGUUAUGGAUGCAGUUGAGCAUGCAACGUACGUGCAUGAUAUAGCACAUGUGAUAAUUGACAAUAUGCAGUUUAUGAUGGGCAUAUCGGAAGAAGUGAGACAUCUCGAUAGGUUUUGGAAACAGGACAAGAUUAUAGCAGAGUUCAGAAAUUUUGCUACGAAGUAUAACUGUCAUGUAACGCUGGUUAUACAUCCGAGAAAGGAGCGAGAGGAAGAGUUGACGACUUUGUCCAUUUUUGGUAGUGCCAAAGCAAGUCAAGAAGCCGACAAUGUAUUAAUUAUACAAGAUAAACGACUCACGAGUGUAAGAGGAAAAAAGUAUUUGCAGGUUGCCAAGAAUAGAUAUAGUGGAGAUUUAGGUGUAAUGGUUUUGGAUUUUGAUAAAGUUAAACUCAGUUAUGCGCAAAAGAAGAAAGUGAAGUCGGAGGAAGUAAAAGACUUGAAAGAAGUAGAGGACGCUCAUAAUUCUCUAGUAGAAAACUGAGUGAUAAAAAAAUGUUGUGAUUAAAAAACAUUAAAAAUACAUCUACAGCUAUAUAUUUUAAUUGCAGGUUGUAUA